GUUAUCUGGGACAUUGUGGGAAAUAAGCAGUUUUGCUCCUUUAAGAUAAAGACUAAGACUCAAAAUUUCUGUCGGAAUGAAUACAACAUAACUGGUCAGUGUAAUCGCUCCUCCUGUCCCCUCGCAAACAGCCAGUAUGCCACCAUUAAAGAAGAAAAAGGUAUCUGCUACUUGUACAUGAAGACAAUAGAAAGAGCAGCAUUCCCAGCACGGAUGUGGGAGAGGGUACGACUGAGCAAGAACUAUGAGCAGGCUCUGGAACAGAUAGAUGAAAACCUCAUCUACUGGCCACGAUUCAUCAGACAUAAGUGCAAACAGAGAUUUACCAAGAUUACACAGUACCUGAUCCGCAUCCGCAAACUAACUCUCAAGAGGCAGAGGAAACUAGUCCCACUAAGCCGGAAAGUGGAAAGAAGAGAGAAGAGGAGAGAAGAAAAAGCCCUGGUAGCUGCUCAGCUGGACAACGCUAUAGAGAAAGAACUGCUUGAGCGUCUCAAACAAGGAACGUAUGGAGACAUUUACAACUUCCCCAUCCAAGCCUUCGACAAAGCUCUGGAGCAGCAGGAAGCACCAAGUGAAUCUGAGUCCUCAGAAGAAGAGGAGGAGAAUGAAGAAGAUGAAGAGAGUGGCAAGAGAGAGUUUGUGGAAGAUGAAGAUGUGGAGGAAAGCGACAUCAGUGAUUUUGAAGACAUGGACAAAUUAGAUGACAGCAGCGAUGAAGAAAAGGAAACUAGUGAAGAAGAGGGAUUGGAGGAGGAGGAUGAAAAGGCAAAGAAUACAAGAGGAAAGUCGAAAGGCAAGAUUCCUGUGAAAGGUCCAAUGCAAAAGAAAAGAGCUUAUGUGGAAAUAGAAUAUGAACAAGAGACUGAGCCACAGCAGAAAAUUAAAUCCACUUGA